GUGCCUGGGGUACCAUGUGCGAGGAGACAGGGGUAGGUCCAAAGCAGAGUUGACCAGAGGCUGUCCCCGGCCCACAUCACCCAGACAGGAUGACAAGAUCAUAGGUCGAGGUAUCCAUAGUCUCAUAUAUCAUGGGAAACACGAAGAGCCAGGCUGAAGGUCAGGAUGAAGUAGAUGGAGUUGAGAUUUCCAAGUGGAACAACUUGCAGUCCCCAUACCGUCCUGGCACCGCUGAUGGAAAGAAAAGGAAGAAGACAUCACCAAAAUUCCUUAAUGAACGAAAUGUUGAUGUUCUUAACUCAUGGGUAUCUAGGAAUAUUAAGAAGAAAGAAUGUGUGACUUUUAUCCCACAAGCACCAGGUGGAGGAACAACCUGCGGCUGCGGCCAAACCAGAGAGUUACACAUCAAUCAAAUCACAGUUCCUGAAUUGUUUCCAGGAACCACAUGGGACCCUCGAAAAUGUGUCAAAGAAUUCCCUAGUGAUUCCCAUGGAGAUAUGACUUUCACAGGAACCAACAGGACAUGGGCAAAGUAUGUGCGAGCAUCAAGCGACACUGCACCCAGCGUAUUGUAUGACCUCAUGACACAACAAUGGGGUCUCAGUGCACCCAGUCUCCUAAUAUCAGUGACUGGCGGAGCUAAAAACUUCAACAUCAGCCCAAUGCUGAAAACCCAGUUCAGCCGGGGCCUUGUGAGCGCAGCAGAGAGCACAGGGGCCUGGAUCAUUACUGGAGGUACGCAUGCUGGGGUCAUGAAACAUGUGGGAGAGGCUGUGAGGGAUUUCAGUGGAGGCCAACAAGAGAUUGUCCUGAUCGGCAUCGCCACCUGGGGCAUCGUCCAUAACAGGAAAUAUCUGCUCAGCGAAGCGGGUGGAGCUCCGGCACUGUACCCAAUGGAUGAAGGAUCUCAGGGAGCUUUGUGCUGUCUGGAUAAUAACCAUACACACUUUAUUCUUGUGGACGAUGGGACACACGGACGAUAUGGGUUGGAAAUUCCACUGAGAACUCAGCUGGAGAAAUUCAUCUCUCAGCAAACAAUGCAGAAAGGAGGGACUGCCAUAAAGAUCCCUAUUGUGUGUGUGGUGCUGGAGGGGGGCCCCGGAACCCUUGACACCAUAUACAACUCCAUGUGUAAUAACACCCCAUGUGUCAUUGUGGAAGGAUCCGGGCGUGUUGCAAACAUUAUUGCAGAGGUGGCAAAUCUUGGUUCUUCCAAAAUUACUAUUUCUCUCAUCAAGGAAAAAAUGCAGAACUAUUUCCAGGAGUCGUACGACACUUUCACCGAAACUCAGAUUAUCACAUGGACCAAGAAAGUACAGGACAUUGUCCGCAUGGGAUCUCUGCUGACCAUCCUUCGGGAAGAGAGAGUGGUAGACCAAGGAAUGGACGUGGCCAUUCUUCAAGCAUUGCUGAAAGCGUCUCACAGCUCUGAUCAUAGUGGACAGGAGAAUUGGGACCAUCAGCUAAAACUCGCUGUGUCCUGGAAUCGGACGGAUAUUGCAGAGAAGGAGAUUUUUACUGAAGAUUGGACUUGGAAGCCCUCGGAUCUUUACCCCAGUCUAAUGGUGUCAUUGAUUGAAGAUAAACCUGCCUUUGUCCACCUCUUGCUGGAUCAUGGAGUGAGUCUCUCGGAGUUCCUCACCUGGGACAGGCUUACAGACUUGUACAACAACACCGACCCGUCCACUCUGAUUUACAGUAAAUUGGAGAGACUGGCCACUGCCGAAGUAUCCAGGAAAUCUCUUAAGUCUCAUAUAGAACUACAUCACGUAUCCAGUGUCUUGCAAGAGAUUCUAGGAGAGCUUACAGAGCCAUUGUACCAAAAACCAAAGCAUCCUCACAAGCAAAGCCUAAGAAAUGUGAACAUCAGGAUGAAUGGAAAGGUGGAUGUAAUGAAGGAAUUUCAAGACACACAACAUCUGGAACACCCUGUACGUGAUCUGCUCAUCUGGUGUGUUCUCCAACAUCGGGCGGAACUUUCCGAGAUCUUCUGGAACCUGACACAGGACAGUGUAGCUGGGGCCCUAAUGUGCACUCAGAUCCUGAAAGCCCUGGCCAAAGAGGAGGAUGACAGCGCAAACACGGAGGAAAUGACAGCGCUGGCUGAUGUAUACGAGGGGCGCGCUGUGGGAGUUUUCUCUGAAUGUUAUUCUAAUGACGAGAAACGAGCUGAAAAUCUCCUGCUCCACGUUUCUCCCAAAUGGGGAAAAACCAACAUCCUAGAACUUGCAGAGGAGUCUCAAGCUCAGAUCUUCAUGUCUCAUGCAGGGGUUCAGAUGUUCCUCACGAAGACCUGGUGGGGGCGCAUGUCGGCUGAUAACAGCUUUUUGCAGGUCUUGCUGUGCAUGUUUCUGUUUCCGCUCAUCUACAGUGGUCUCAUAAUAUACAGGAAGAGUGAUGGAAAUGCUGAAUCCUAUAUUACAGAAGUCCCAACUGAGAAAAGAAAUGGCAGCGUGCGACAGGACCAGAGGAAUAGCAUAAAGAAUAACGCACCUCCUGGCCGCGGACCCAGACCCGACAGCUGUCUCUGGAAGUUCAUGGUCUUCUUCAACGCCCCAAUAAUCAAGUUCUGGUAUAAUGUUGUGUCCUAUAUCGGCUUCCUGGCACUCUUUGGCUAUGUCCUGAUAACCGAUUUUCAGACGUAUCCAUCUUGGAGAGAAUAUCUCUUGUAUGUCUGGAUCUUCUCCUUCCUGACUGAGGAGCUGCGACAGUUAUUUUAUGACCCGGACCGGCGUGGGUUUGUUAUAAUGUCUGUACAGUACAUCACUGAGUUCUGGAACCAGGUGGACACAGCUGCAUUGUGUUUGUUUGCUGUGGGGCUCAUCUGCAGGUUGGUUCGCUCAGAUACUGUUUAUGUGGGCCGAGUGAUCCUGUCUUUGGACUUUAUGAUCUACUGCAUCCGUGUUAUGUAUAUCUUCACUGUCAACAAAGUUCUGGGUCCUAAGAUUAUCAUGCUCCGUCGGAUGAUGAAGGACAUGUUCUUCUUCCUCUUCCUGUUGGCUAUUUUUAUUGCCGCCUAUGGUGUUGCGAAGCAGGCGAUCCUAUACGAUAAUGAAUCGCGGCUCAGCUGGAUCUUUCGGAAUAUCGUCUAUUCGCCGUACUUGACCCUUUUUGGGCAGCUUCCAACAGACGUGGACAGUCUGAACUUUAACCCUUCACAAUGUUCCCAAACCGGCAACGACUCGUCUCUUCCUCUGUGCGUCUACAAUGAUGGGAACGGCAACACUCUAUUUCCAGACUGGCUGACCAUUAUCCUAAUGUGUCUGUAUCUCCUGAUCGCCAACAUCCUCCUCCUCAACCUGCUAAUUGCCAUGUUCAGUUACACAUUCUCAGACGUUGAGAGUCAUGCAGAUCAGCUCUGGAAGUUCUAUCGCUUUGGUCUGAUAAAAGAAUACAACGAACGCCCGGUUGCCCCGCCACCAUUCAUCCUGUUUGCCCAUCUGUACCUUGUCCUGAAACAUGUCUUCUGUGUGCGACCAGCACGAGGCCACAAGUUACUGAGACGCAUGCUAGAUGAAGGCCAGGAGUCAUCGCUGCUGUCCUGGGAAUCCUACAUGAAGGACAACUACCAGCAAAUGCAGCAGCAGCAAGAUGAGCAGAGCCAGGAGAAUCUGGUGAAGGGAACAGCCGAGAGUGUGUCGGCAGUGCUGCGUCUGUUACAGGUGGAGAAAGGGGACGAGGGUCACCAGCUGGAGGGGCGUCUGGCAGCGCUGGAGGAGCGGAUGGAUCAGUCCACGCAGUACCUCAGCUGGAUCAUUUCUGCACUGACAGAGAACGGUUACAGCAGCAAAACUCGCAUUUUAGCCCGACCAGUACACAGUGUUUCCACAGAGGCAGAUGGAAAAGACACAUCAGAUUCUGAUUCCAAUGGGGAAAAGCAGUGUUUAUUCCAUGUGAAUUCCAGGAUUCUGCAAUAUCCAAACUCCGAUGUGACACGUUACCCAGUACCAGAUGAGAUGGUGCCAUGGGAGGUAGAUUUCCCGGACUACAAUCCACCACUGUAUAAUGCUGCCAGAUCCGAUAGGGGGACAUAUGACCCGAAAAAAGAGAUGGAGCAGAAGAGCCGGAAAUACAAUGCUAUGGACAACUUGAUUGACUUCCGAAGCUUCUGUGGAACAUACACGGUAGCGGACGGCUUACCUCUAAACCCAAUGGGACGCACCGGACUGAGAGGAGUGGGGAGCCUGCGCUGGUUCGGACCGAAUCAUUCCCUUCAUCCUGUACUGACACGAUGGCACAAGAAAAUAGGGACAAGUUCUGUCCGUAAGACACUCAGGAAGAAGUUGGAGGUUUUGGUUGUGAAGCUGAAAAGAAAUGAGCUGUGGUCAUUACCCGGGGGCACGCUGGAUCCUGGGAAGAAGAUUCCUAUUAAGUUCCAAUCCCUCCUGAGACAUGAAUACUUGGGCGAGUUCCUGACCUUGUUUGACUCCGGAGUAGAGGUGUUCCAUGGUUACCUGGAUGACCCACGAAACACAGAUAAUUCCUGGAUUGAGACUUCAGCCGUCAAUAUUCACUUCAACACUAAGGAAAGUCUAGAACGACUUCUUCAGUUUUCAGACUUAAUGUCAUCUUGUUACAGAAUAACAUCAGAUUGA